UUACCUAUGAUGCACACAAUAUGGUCGGGUAGUAGUAAUUUUUUUGGGUCAGGAAACUCUAAUUUGCUUCUCAACUUUCCCUUCUUUUCUUCUUCUGGUAAAUUUUAACUUCAUUUUCUGGGUUGUAAACUCAACAUCAUCAAAUUCACAAAAACCUUGGAAGCUGAGAGAAGAGAGAGAAAAUGGGGAGGGAAGUAGCAGAGAGUUGUGUAGAUAGUUUAUUGAUUGAAAUGGUUUCAUCUUACGCCGAUCGUUUCUACGCCACCAAGCCUGAGCUCGCCGCUCGUCGUAUCGAAUCCAUUGGCUACCAAGUCGGUCAUCAACUUUCCGAGAGGUAUACCAUGGAUAGACCACGAUUUGGUGACCAUCUUGACACAAUCAAGUUCAUCUGUAAGGAUUUCUGGUCUGAAAUCUUCAAGAAACAGAUUGACAAUUUGAAGACAAAUCAUAGAGGUACUUUUGUGCUGCAAGAUAAUCGAUUCUGUUGGCUAUCACACAUAUCUGUUGAUCCGUCACCUGAUAGCUCUGUUACGUCCCAAGAUACAUCUGAGGCUUCGGUGGAGAACAAAGCUGCACAGGCAGCAAGUAUGCAUCUCUACUUUCCAUGUGGAAUCAUAAGGGGGGCACUUACAAACUUGGGAAUACCUUGUGCUGUUUCAGCAGAUAUUUCUAACCUUCCUGCAUGUUCAUUUGUGAUUCGGAUUAAGGUUUAGAAUGAAGUUUACAGCCAGUACUUUGUGGUGAUGUUUCAAGAAUCUCAGUCAUGCAAAUGAGCUACUUUGUCUUGGUUUCUUCUGAUUGUGUGCAGCUUUGAAAUCAAAGAGGAUGCCCUGGUAGUUAUUGCUUCCACUUUGAGGAGCCCCUGAGACCUUGACCGGUUACAGUUUUCCUCAGAAAAUAUGCAUACAACAGAUGUGACAAACUGGUUCUUUAGUUUGAUUUUGAUUCUAAAAAUGUCCAUCAUUUUGUCUUAUCUGGAUAAACAAUGUAGAACAGUAUGUUACUUUACCCAUUUUUUCACAAAAAUAUGAUAUGUUGACAUCUGAAAAAACUGUGCUUGUAAUUUCAAUUGUGAAAGAUAUAGUGAUCAUUAUCUUGUCUGUA